AUGAAUUUUAAAUCUACAGUAAUCGGUGCAGGACCAGCAGGUAUCAUAACAGUGUGUUAAUUGCUUAAAAACAAUUAAACCCCUAUUGCUUGGGUAGACCCGUAAUUCAAUUGUGGGGCAUUGUACUAGUUUACACAUAUUCCUUCCAACACAAAAGUAAAUUUAAAGUGAAUGUUUAGAUUCAACUAUUUUUAAACACUCUAAAGAGCAUUGGAUGGAUAGAGAAUCAUAAAGAAAUAGAAGACCCUGCUGAAGUAUGGAAUUAUUAUUGAUGUUAGGUAUUUAAAAAUUUUGACCCAAAUACUACAUGUGAACUUGGCUAUUCCUAUGAAAUGUUUAAGAAAGUGAUGGUAAUAUUGGACCAAACAUGUAAAGGAAAAAUUGUGAAAAUGGAAAGUGUUGUAGAAAAAAUUGAGAACUUAGAGUACACUAAUAAAAUUACACUAAAAAAUAAUUGUUAGGUAUUAUUAAAUAACAAAUAAAUUUAAAGUUGGAAAGCGAAUACGUCUUUCAUUGUACUGGUUCUAGGAGGAAUACAAUAGACUCAGUGGAUGGUUCAUUAUUUAAGGUUUAUCCUCAUCUUAAAGAAAUUGAUCUAUAUGCUGCCAUGAGUCCAGAAGAUGUUCAUUAACACAUCACAAAUGAGGACACAGUUUGCAUAUUUGGAAAUAGCCAUUCAGGAAUUUUGGCAGCUAUGAAUCUAUACAAUUCAUAUAAUAGACCAAAACAUAUAUACAUCUUCUAAAGAAGACCCAUUAUUUUGGCUGAAUAUUUACCAGAUGGAAAAAUUAUGAAUGAUUCAACAGGAUUAAAAGGGAGAGUGGCUGAAUGGGCUAAAAAUAUCUUAAUUGGAGAGAAACCAAAAUGCAUAUCUGAGAUUGAUUCAGCUGAAUUCAAGAAUUAUAUAUAACAAUGCACUAAAGUUAUUGUUGCCACAGGAUUUCAAAGAAGUACGCUACCUAUCAUUUCAAUUAAUGAUAUGGAAUUGAUAGAUAAUAAGAUUCAUUAUGAUGAUGAAAAUAUGACUCUAAUUUAUGGUGGAAGAGAGAUAUCCAAUAACUUUGGCUUUGGAAUUGCUUUUCCAGAAAAAGUGCUGGAUGCUAAUGGAUCAUAUUAGCAUGCAGUUGGUUUCUAUAAAUUUAUGCUCACUAUUACUAAAGUGAUUACAAAAUUAUAAAAUUGA